UUCAUGAAGGAGAACAAACACAAACACACGCACGCACACACACGCAGCUGGAACACCCCAGCCGAUGGCAGCGUCCCCAGCUUUGUGGCCCCGUCACCAGCGUCGCAGAGCGGCGGGUUUGGAGGGUGUCGACUCCGGGGACUUGAGUGCGUGUGAUUGUUGGGCAGGAGAAAUGUGAUCCGCCGCUCGGCUCAGCGUCCCCUCGCCGCGGCUGGAGGAAGGCGUGGCGGCCGCGGCGGCCGCGCGGCGGGGCUGUUUGCCGGCUACUCUCGUUACGGUGGCGGUCGCCCGCUUCCCUUCGUUGCACAGAGAGAAUUCGCAGAAAGACUUCGAUGAGAAUAUGUCUGUUUUCCUGUCGGGAGGGAGACGGCUGUUUUAAAAUGGUAUGGCCUCACAAGUCUUGGUCUACCCACCAUAUGUUUAUCAAACUCAGUCAAGUGCCUUUUGUAGUGUGAAGAAACUCAAAGUAGAGCCAAGCAGUUGUGUAUUCCAGGAAAGAAACUAUCCACGGACCUAUGUGAAUGGUAGAAACUUUGGAAGUUCUCAUCCUCCCACAAAGGGUAGUGCUUUUCAGACAAAGAUACCAUUUAACAGACCUCGAGGACACAACUUUUCAUUGAAGACAAGUGCUGUUGUUUUAAAAAACACUGCAGGUGCUACAAAGGUCAUAGCUCAGGCGCAGCAAGCUCAAGUGGAGGCACCUCAGAUUGGGGCUUGGCGACACAGGUUAAAUUUACUAGAAGGCCCCCAGCGAUGUGGAUUGAAGCGUAAGAGUGAGGAGUUGGAUAAUCAUAGUAGCGCAAUGCAGAUUGUUGAUGAAUUGUCCAUACUUCCUGCAAUGUUGCAAACGAACAUGGGAAAUCCAGUGACAGUUGUGACAACUACCACAGGAUCAAAGCAGAAUUGUACCACUGGAGAAGGUGACUAUCAGUUAGUACAGCAUGAAGUCUUAUGUUCCAUGAAAAAUACUUAUGAAGUCCUAGAUUUUCUUGGUCGAGGCACUUUUGGCCAGGUAGUUAAAUGCUGGAAAAGAGGGACAAAUGAAAUUGUGGCAAUCAAAAUUUUGAAGAAUCAUCCUUCUUAUGCACGUCAAGGUCAAAUAGAAGUGAGCAUAUUAGCAAGGCUCAGUACUGAAAAUGCUGAUGAAUAUAACUUUGUAAGAGCUUAUGAAUGCUUUCAGCACCGUAAUCAUACUUGUUUAGUCUUCGAGAUGCUGGAACAAAAUUUGUAUGAUUUUCUGAAGCAAAAUAAAUUCAGUCCCCUGCCAUUAAAAGUAAUCCGGCCCAUCCUUCAGCAAGUGGCCACUGCACUGAAAAAAUUGAAAAGUCUUGGUUUAAUUCAUGCUGACCUCAAACCAGAGAAUAUUAUGUUGGUGGAUCCUGUUCGGCAGCCAUACAGGGUUAAAGUAAUAGACUUUGGGUCUGCCAGUCACGUAUCAAAGACUGUUUGUUCAACAUAUCUACAAUCUCGGUACUACAGAGCUCCAGAGAUUAUAUUGGGGUUACCAUUUUGUGAAGCCAUAGACAUGUGGUCAUUGGGAUGUGUGAUUGCAGAAUUAUUCCUUGGAUGGCCACUCUACCCAGGAGCCUUGGAGUAUGACCAGAUUCGAUACAUUUCUCAGACUCAAGGUUUACCAGGAGAGCAGUUAUUAAAUGUGGGUACAAAAUCCACAAGAUUUUUUUGCAGAGAACCAGAUGUUUCUCAUUCUGGUUGGAGAUUAAAGACUCUAGAAGAGCAUGAGGCAGAGACAGGAAUGAAGUCUAAAGAAGCCAGAAAGUACAUAUUCAACAGCCUGGAUGAUAUAGUGCAUGUGAACACAGUGAUGGAUUUGGAAGGAAGUGAUCUUUUGGCUGAGAAAGCUGAUAGAAGAGAAUUUGUUAGUCUGUUGAAGAAAAUGUUGCUGAUUGAUGCAGAUUUAAGAAUUACUCCAGCUGAGACUUUGAACCAUUCUUUUGUUAAUAUGAAACAUCUUCUAGAUUUCCCUCAUAGCAACCAUGUGAAAUCCUGUUUUCAUAUUAUGGAUAUUUGUAAGUCCCAACCAAAUUCAUGUGACACAAGUAAUCAUAAUAAAACAUCACUUUUAAGACCAGUUGCUUCAGGCAGUGCCGCUAAUCUGACAGCAAAUUUCACUAAAAUUGGCACAUUAAGAAGCCAGGCAUUAACUACAUCCACUCAUUCAAUUGUGCACCAUGGAAUACCUCUGCAGGCGGGAACUGCUCAGUUUGGUUGUGGUGAUGCUUUUCAGCAGACACUGAUUAUCUGUCCUCCAGCUAUUCAAGGUAUUCCUGCAACGCAUGGUAAACCCACUAGUUAUUCAAUAAGGGUAGAUAAUUCAGUUCCACUUGUAACUCAGGCCCCAGCUGUGCAGCCGCUACAGAUCCGACCAGGCGUUCUUUCUCAGACAUGGUCUGGUAGAACACAGCAGAUGCUGGUACCUGCCUGGCAACAGAUAACACCCAUGGCUCCUGCUACUACUACACUGACUUCUGAGGGUGUGGCUGGUUCACAAAGGCUUGGAGACUGGGGGAAAAUGAUUUCACACAGCAGUCAUUAUAAUUCAGUGAUGCCGCAACCUCUGCUAACCAAUCAGAUAACUUUAUCUGCCCCUCAGCCAAUUAGUGUGGGCAUUGCACAUGUUGUCUGGCCUCAGCCUGCCACUUCCAAGAAAAAUAAGCUGUGCCAGAACAGGAGUAACUCAUUGCAGAAUACCAAUGUCCCCCAUUCAGCAUUUAUUUCUCCAAAGAUAAUAAAUGGGAAAGAAGCCGAGGAAGUAAGUUGUAUAGAAACACAGGACAAUCAUAAGUCAGAAGGAGAGACAAGGAAUUGUUGUGAAACAUCUGUCAGACAGGACUCAGAUUCAUCAGGUUCAGACAAACAGCGGCAAACCAUCAUCAUUGCUGAUUCCCCAAGUCCUGCCGUGAGUGUGAUCACUAUCAGCAGUGACACCGAUGAGGAGGAUACAUCGCAGAGACAUUCACUCCGAGAAUGUAAAGGGAGUCUAGAUUGUGAAGCUUGCCAGAGCACUUUGAAUAUUGAUCGGAUGUGUUCAUUAAGUAGUCCUGAUAGUACUCUGAGCACCAGCUCCUCAGGGCCUUUCAGCCCAUCCCCUUGUAAGAGACCGAACAGUAUGUCAGAUGAAGAACAAGAAAGUGGUUGUGAUACUGUGGAUGGCUCUCCCACGUCAGAGUCUUCAGGACAUGACAGUCCAUUUGCAGAGAGCAGUUUUGUGGAGAACACUCAUCAGAACACAGACCUGGUAACCUCUACUGACACAAAAAACAAACCAGCUGUUUGUACUGUUGUGGUGCCACCAAUGCGUCUAGAAAAUGGAUUAAAUGCCGAUGAGCAUAUGGCAAACACAGAUUCUACAUGCCAGCCAUUAAUAAAAGGACGAUCUGCUCCUGGAAGAUUAAACCAGCCUUCUGCAGUGGGUAGUCGUCAGCAAAAAUUGACAUCAGCAUUCCAGCAGCAGCAUUUGAACUUCAGUCAGGUUCAGCAUUUUGGAUCUGGGCAUCAAGAGUGGAAUGGAAACUUUGGGCAUCGAAGACAGCAAGCUUAUAUCCCUGCUAGUGUUACCAGUAAUCCAUUCACUCUUUCUCAUGGAAGUCCCAAUCACACAGCAGUGCAUGCCCAUCUGGCUGGAAGUACUCACCUCGGAGGACAGCCUACUCUACUUCCAUACCCAUCAUCAGCUACCCUCAGAAGUGCUGCACCAGUGGCCCACCUCUUAGCCUCUCCAUGUACCUCAAGACCUAUGUUACAGCAUCCAACCUAUAAUAUCUCCCAUCCUAGUGGCAUAGUUCACCAAGUCCCAGUGGGCAUAAAUCCCCGUUUGUUACCAUCCCCAACCAUUCAUCAGACUCAGUACAAACCAAUCUUCCCACCACAUUCUUACAUUGCAGCGUCACCUGCAUAUACUGGAUUUCCAUUGAGUCCAACAAAACUCGGCCAGUAUCCAUAUAUGUGAAAACUCAAAAACAGUAUAUUGAGGAAGCUCAAUGAUAUAACCAUUUGAUUAAAAAUAAAAACAUGGUAUUUAAUAAAUAUUAGCCAUGGCACAAGAAAAUUAUUUUUGAAUCAUGUAGGGUGCAAUUUAAACAACUUUGAGCUUUAAAAAAAAAAAAACUCACUUUUAAUGUGUUUUGCACAUUUGGUAUAACUUGUCUUUGGUCAUGUUAUCUUCUUAUGUAGUAACUCUAGACAGGUGACUUACAGGAGCAGAAGUCCAAUUUUGCUCCUGCUAUUUUUUAUAAAAUUGCCUUCUAACUAGUGCAAGACACGUCCACAUUUGGGAAGCCAUUCUGUGUACAGACUUAGAGCAACAGAUGCACAUAUGUCAGAAUUACAGCAUACAAGUGAAUUGUAUUAUCUCUGUCUUAGUGUAUAAAUGUUGGGUCACUUACCUAAGAAACUGAGCUAUUGUUCUUUACAUUUGCAUGUGUCUUUUGCAUGGGCAAAAUGUUGCCUAGACUUUGCUCUUAAAUGUUGUUCUAAUAAUCUCAGCUGCAUUGUA